UACCGAGCGCGCUGGUAAUACACGGCUCGCAACGAAAACGUAUAACUGUCUUUGGUCGGGCCAGUGGAACGCGAGAAAGUUGUAAUUGUAACAAGAAAGGCAGUCAUAGCAGCGCUCCAUGAGUCACCUAGUGUUUACAUGGAGAAGGCUGGUUCUAGUUCAUCACCGGUCCAAUCGAAGCACCAUACACAAGUUACCACAGAUUUUCAUAACUACCGAUAUGGACACGUUGUGACGGUCGCAGCCGAAGAGAGUGCCUAAUUCUAAAGAAGAACUGUUAACUAAUUGUCUGCUCUGCUUACAUACGAGCGCUAGCUGACACAAUGACCACUAAUGGCUUCGGGAUGCAAAGCCUACCACCGCCAGGAGAUGAAGCCAUAGGCGUGAUACCUUCUCAGUCAAAAAGCUUUUCCAUUUGGGUCAACGGCGAGGAGCACUGGAUAUCCGGCGCGGACUCAAGCACCACCUGCGCAGAUCUAAUCUGCGCGUUAAUCAGCUACCAAAUUGACCAGCAACAUGUGCUCAGCAAGGAAGAAGUACUCGCUCCACAGCAGUUCGCCAUUGUCCAAAAGCAGCGUCACUACGAGGAGUAUUUGGAUAGUAGUGCCAGGCUCCUUGAUGUUAUAACCAGCCUUCACGCAAUGCCGAAAGAGGAAUACCAGCUACAGCUUCGCCACUUGGGCACUUCAAGUCGAAAGCAAGUCCCGACGACCGAUAAGGACAGUGGAAUGGGCAGUCCAGUAGACAGUUCGCGGAGCAUGCGCAUCCGGCGGAGGGGCAAGCUUCUCUACACUAAGACCACAGACAAUACCAACACUAAGCACUCGAAGAGAAGCCGGAAGCUGCAGCAGAGAAAUCACCACUUAACGCCGAAUGAGAGCCUGCUUACCAUUAUCCUGGCCCAAGAUGAAACCAUUCUACAGCAAAUGACCAUGUUGCACGAAAAGGAUCGACAGAUUCUUAAAAUCGAGGAGGAAAAGCACCAGGUGAGGGAGCGAGAGCUGGGUAAAAACUACCUCCUUGAGACGUACUUAAAGGACUUGGAUGAGCCCCAGGAAAAGGGCGAAGACCUGGAACUUUUUGCAGAAAAGACCCAGAUAAACGCAGAUCGAAACUUUGGGACAAUGUCAGAUAGGACCUUCCAAACUGCAUUAAAUAGUGACACUAUGCAGGACGAGAUCCGGCUUUACUGGCUGGAAAAGAUUCACGAGGUAAACAAAGAGCUGCAAUGUGAAGAGGAACUUUUACUCAGCCUGCACUCCAAGGUACGUAGAUACCAGGUGAAGCGGGCGUAUCAAACGAAGAGCGAGGUGCUACUACAAAUCGAAAGACUCGACACAGAGUUGGCUGCUCAGGUGGCGGAUAUUCACCAUGUGGAACGAAAACUUUUCACGGCCAAUGAGCAGCUUAAAGCCAAACUGGCUGUGCUUGAAUGUUUGAGUCGUGAAUUUGAGACAACGGUAUCUGGAGGCGUUCAAGAAGGUGAUGUUGUCGCUGGCAGCAAGGCAAGUGCAAAGGUUCAGCAAAGCCAACACGCUGGGAACUGGCUGCACGUUGUUAAGAAACUCUUUGCGGCAGAUCAUCUUAAUCGACGAUUAACUCAGCAAGCACUAAGUGAAAAAAACUUAACGGAUCGACUAAUACCCGACAAAGGAAUAUCCAAGCAAAUGUUCGAAGUUCUAGGAUCCCCAGAUCCUUCUACCUCAACCAGCGUAAAAAAAAAAGAAUUGGGUACUAGACAAGCAAUUUCACCUUCUUCAGAAGGGGAUAUUCAACACCUCGGCACCCUUGUUUAAUGCAAAAGAACAAGCGGUUGACUUUAUACAAGUAUCUCAUGUAACGUAUUUUGAACAUCCGUACCAAAUUUGUGUCAACUAACCAAAUAGAGAUUAAAUUUUUGUUAUGUUUAAA